AUGAAUGUCGAACGCUGCAUCAGCCUUCACAACGAAAUCGUACGACACGGCUGGGUCGGCUCAGGCCGCUCCGCAGAUACACUUGCUUCGCACAGCAAAUCUUGGUUCGAAGUGUUCGGCGAUGAAGCCGAAGCCGAACGAUCAAAUCUCUCGCCCGGUCUCAUUCAAUUCCUCGAGCAAGUCCAGAUUCCGCGCGUAGAAGAAGAAGGGUUCUAUCCUGAGUUCUUUUACUGGGUUCAAGGCCUGUCUCAUCCUGAGCACAUGUUCGAGUUUAAAGAUAUGUUAUAUGACCAGAAGACCAAUCUCUGUACUCUCAGUCUCACUAUAUACGAUACCGACGACAUCAGUACACAGAAUUGGUAUUCUUUAGAAACCGUGCUUACUCUCUGGCUCUCUCAGAUCCGCAACGAGACCAUCCAGGCCGCACCAGAAAAAGGAGGGAGACUUCGAGAAGAGUGGCCUGAAGUGUUCGGCGAGUACUGGGAACAUGCGCCUUGGGUCUUCGUGCCGUACAAUGAGAAUAUGCUCAAGCACAACCUCGAUGUAUGGGAGAAGCUUGUUGAAGCAAUCGAGAGCCGCAUGCCUGCAGCCAGUAGAUCACAAGCAGCCGAGAGACCCAUGUACGGCCUGUUGGACGACAACAUACGCGACACAAUAGACAUCCCCCAUCAAUGCGCAUACGAUUUCCUCUUCCCCGCCCGCCGCCCCCGCUUCAAGAUGAUAGCUCCCGGUCUCCGCGUCAUCACUUCCUCGGACUUUCCUGAACAACCCUUCCGCUCCUACAUGUCCAAAGAUAAAGAAGAAGUGCCACCCGUACUACUCUUCCAGUCCGACCUAAACUUCUCCGAAGACCCAACCUGGACUCCGCAAAGUUUAGACGACGCCAUGGUACCGAACUUCUUCGACUACCGCGAUAUCAAGACUUAUCCUUCUGGCUUAUACCUACUGCCUACCAAUCACAGAAGUCUGGAAGACGGAAUCUCGUUCGUCUUGCCAUACGCCAUUGGUGGGAAAGGGUUUGCGAGGCGAGGCGAUGGAACAAAUUUCGCGGGUGGAGAGGAUUCGCGUGGGAAAGAUAGCUUCACAGAGUUGUAUCAGCCUGGACGAAGGGCGCUUGAAGAAUUUCAGGCGCAGAGUCUGGCGGGGGUGUUGGAGAGUUGGCUGGGUAUGGUGGAAUGA